AUGGAUCGUAGUGAUGAACCGAUACAAAAUAACGUCGCAUGCUUUACGACGCCAGCAGCUUUUGAAUGUGACGAAUAUGUGGAUUCUAGAUCUCUAUGGUCAUGUGGUGAUGGGGAACACAUUUUUCCUUGGGCGCGGUUUCCAUUUCAGCGGCUAACUACGAUAAGCGCGGAUUGUUCUAAUUUCCGCAAUUUGAAUUAUAUAUGCGAGACAUCACGAUAUGUGGCUGCUUGGACUCUGCCGAAUGGAAAGUGUGAAUUUGACCGAAAUUACGAUGAUCCACGUUUCGAUGGGACAACAGCUAAUAUAAGCUCGACGGAGAUGUGUAUCUACUUGUUGAAAUGUGGUUUGACAAAUGGAUUUGAACGCGAUUGCCCAUGCGGUCGAAAUACAUCAUGCUAUAACUUAAUGAUGUCAUAUUGCCCUAAUCCGCAGUGGAUUCAAUUUCCCAAUAUGGGAUUAAUUCGUCCGUAUGUUCUCACUUACUAUAUGGCACAGGAAUCUUAUCCUGACAAAACACCUGCAUAUUUCGUUUUUUCCGGUACAAUUCAAUGCCGAGGCUAUCGUGCCGUAGCAUCUAGUAGUAUGAAUAUUACUAUAUUUUCGAAUUAUCUUUCACUAUUCAUAUUAUCAUCAACUAAAGACUUUUUCUUUUGUUCAAACACCUUUAUUCAAAAAAAUACGUCUUCUCCCAUCAGUUAUUUUCCUGCUAAUUGUUGGAAUGAUUCGCGUACUUUCUCGAAUCAUUCAUAUCAUCAUAUUGAUAUAUGUCUUAAUUUUCAACAAUGUAUUUCUGCAUAUCGCAUCAAUGACGGAAACAUCGACUGUGCAGGUCCAGGAGAUGAAAUGAGGUUCUAUUCAAAACAACCUUUUUCUGAUUUCUGCAAUAUUUCGAGCGAGUAUCCAUGCCUACUCGCCAAUGUAACAAAUCCUCUUGAUAUUAAACGAAAUCGACCGUGUAUCGAUAUGACAUUAAUCGGAGAUGGUAUUUAUCAUUGCCACGGUGGUCUAGAUGAACGAAAUACAGCAACUGGCUGUACAGGUAAGAUGAAAGGCUUUGAUUUUUAUUGCAAAACCCGACCACAUUGUAUUUUGCAUGGUUCUUUGUGCGGCCAUCGUUGUCCAAACAACGAAGAUGCAGCGUUGUGCUUUUAUAAGAGCAACUCCGAUAUAUGUAAUGGCCAAGACGAUGCAGUUUGUUUUGAUGGUCAAUGUAUAAGAAAUGGACGUUGUAACAAAACAUACGAGUGUCUGUAUGGAGAAGACGAGUAUUGGUGUAAAGUAGCUGAACUAAAUUUCAACUAUCGUUUUAUUAAGCAUCAAUUACAAAAGCAACUUCUCAAUGAAAUUAGCUGGCCGUCUUUUCCAAUCGAGCAAAUUAAUAUAUCAGUACAAACACAAAAAUCAUUAUUUUUGGAUACCAAGUUGUCUAGUCCACAGAACCAGUAUCCAAACAUACCAAGUUUUUUCUCUAUAUGCAAUCGAGGAUUGGCUGUAAGAUAUGCGGCGGAUAUUCAAUGUAUGUGUUCUGGAGCAUACUAUGGUAACAGAUGUCAAUACUUUAGUGAUCGC